UAUGCUUCUGACCUUUACAACAUUCCCUAGCAAAGAGUUCCACAAGCUGCCUGCGGAACCUGUGAAAAGAUAAACAAUUUGUGGAGAUUAAGGAGACACAAAGGGAGCAUCUACUUUCAAGGCUUAAUUCUUGGCUCCAUCACAGACUUCGAGUGAGUUCAGGUUACAGCGGUGCUAAAGCAUGGCUGACUUCGAUAACAAUCUCAGUCUUGCGGAUGCUCUGACGGAACCACCACCUGAAAUCGAGGCAGAAGUGAAACGAGACUUCAUUGCCACCCUGGAAUCAGAGAAAUUUGAUGAUAUGGUUGGAGAAACAGUGGGUAAAACAGACUAUGUCCCCCUGCUGGAUGAUGAUGAUGAGACAAAGGCUGGGAGCCAGGAUCCAAAAAGCAAAUCCCACACAGACGGUGGUCAGGUAGAAAGUUCUUCGGCUGUUGGACCAGCAGUGGUGGAGAAUGGUGACCAUGGAAUAGAAGAUGACAGUACAGUAUCCCCUGGGGAGAUCAUGGAUGAAAAAAUGUCCUGUAAAGAGUUUCUUGAUCGCAAUGAGACCUGGUCGAUGGAUGACAGAGUCCUUUGCUUUGAAUCACAGCCGAUGUUCAGACCGAUGGAGGAGGCAGUGCCCUUCACGAUGCACAGAGAAGAUGUCCUGUCUGAUCUGCUGCUACUUCCUUCAGAAAUGGAGACUGUCCCACCUUUCACAGAGCAUUUUGAAGCUUCAAAAGAAGUUCAUGCACCCCAUUCAAUUGUGAUGGUACCAGAACAACCUUCUCUGGGAUUCCCAUAUUCUCCUGCAGAAGUUAUAGAUCCAUCCCCCUUCAUUACGCUGGAUUCAACUGCAGAAUCUCUGAUGAAUAUAGCAGCAACUGCAGGAGGGACGGUGCCUGAAGAAAAUUGGCUGAGAGCUCAGGAUGCUGUGAAGGGAUCAGAAACCUCUUUCUUUGUAGAACCAUCAGAACCCAAUAGGAUAACAGAUGCAGCAGAGCUAUAUUUGCCAGGAAGUCCGGUGGCUGCUGCCCCUACCACUGUUCCUUGUGCGGUAACAGAGCCUAGAGACGAGACCAAAGCUACUGACAUGCUGCAGGUUGAACCCACAGUGUCUGUUCCGGCUGUGGGAGACGUGUCUGUCCCAGCAGUGGAAGAGCUGAUGACAUUUGAACCUUCUGUUCAGCAACAUAAGUCAGCUCUUGCUGAACCUCCAACAGUAUCAUCAGCACCAACUGUGGUAAUGGAACAAAAAAUGAAGGUCCCAGAAACCUCUACUCCAGGUGCCGACAGUCCUCCUGUGCCAGAGAAUCUGGAAGAGAAUAAACAGUCUCCCAGCAAACCUGCAGAGCAUCUUCUGAAACCAAAUGAACAACUCCCAGAGUCGUCAGUUCCAAAAGAACCAUUGACAGUGAUAGAAACUAAAGAAACGCUUCCAGAAAAAAAUGUUCCGGCUGCUGACUUGGCCAUUGUAAAGGAGCUGAAGGAAGAAGCUGAGCUUAGUCAUGCCCACCAUACAGAACCUCCACAAGAGAAAUCUCCACUGAAACCAACAGGUAUAUCUACUGCACAAGUAAGGCAAGCUAACAAAUCAAGUGACCGCAGGUUUGGCAGAGCAAAACCUGCAGCAGUGCCUGGUGCAGAUGUCCCAGGGGAACUUCUAGUAGGUCUCCCACAACAGAAGAGUGCUGACCCAAAACCAGAUCCCUUUUCUAUGGCUGAGCUUGGAUGGGCCUCUGGAACAUUCGCUCGUACCAGGACACCACAUAAAAAGGCAUCCGGGCAGCUGCUCAGCAUGCCGUCUGAGUUUGUGGAGAGCCAGAGAGAUGUACCUCGAGAGAACUGGGAUUCAGAAGGUUCUCCAGUGAUUGUGAAGAAGAAGAAGAAGAAACCAAAACAAAAGAGAAACCAGCAGCCAAGAGCAAUGGAGUUGUGGGAUGAAAAUGGAGAAGUUUCCAAAGCCCUCAAAGUUCCCCUCUUCGCUGUUGAACCUCAAAAGCCAGAUGUCUCCUUUGUCCUGCCUGCUGAAGGCGUCAAAGAGCGCUCUACUUUCUCAAGAGAGAGCCAAAGGAAGGGAGCUUCUAAUGUACCAAGGGAUACUAAGGCAGGAACUGAAAGCCACCUCUUAGGUGAUCAAAAUAUUCUCUCAAGUCCUGCACAAGGCCAGCAGAGCCUGAAAACUGAAGGACCAUUUCAGCUUUUGUUGGAUGCAAAAGCUGGACAGGUCAUGAAACCAGAAGAAACAAAAGAUGACCGUUUGUUGCCGUCUAAAAGCAAAAACAAACAGAUGCCCUUGGAGAUGCUAGAAUGCAAGGCAGAACAGCCUAAAAUGGAGAGCCCUGCAUCAGCACGGACACAAACCAAGCCUAUGGAAAUAGGUGUUGAUAAAAACAAAAAGAUUGAGUGUAAACAUUCAGACCUUAGAGUACCUCUUAUAAAAGGCAUUGAUCUGAACAAAUUGGAAACUCCUUUGGAGGCCAAACCUGUAGACGUUAGCCUUAGUGAUGAAAACAAGGAGAUUAAGUGCACAUCUCCUAAGCAUGUAGCAGCAGCAGAGAUGGUUCCAAAUAUAGUUCAAACUCCCAGUGAGGCAUUUGCGGAAGAGAAAGCAAAGAAAAGAGACAGAGGUGAAAAAAGCAGGGAGACUGAAAAUGGUUUAUCUGUGCAGUCGGGCAUCUUAGAGAUUGACACAGGUACAACCAAUCUUCUUGCUGUAGCAAAGAGAGUUGACAAAACUAAAAAACCAGACUCCUUUGAUAAAAGCCAAGAGACUGGCUCUGUUACUUCACAGCCUCUAUUGGAAACUGCAGCAGAUAUUACUGAAGUGCCCCUUAUACCACUGCUGUCAGACAAACCUAAAGAGGGCGUUGCUGGGAAAAACAAAAAGGCUGACUUCAGGUUUUUAGAGCAGCCAUUUCUUUUGGAAACUCAGACCGAUAUAGCCAAGCGUCCUUUUCCUGCAGAGACAGAUGACAUGGCUAACAUGGCUUUCAUUGAUAAAAGUAAGCAGACAGGGUUCACUGCACUGGAUCAUCCAGGAGUGACUGAUCCCACUGUGGCUCCAGUUAUAGACAAACCUAAAAAGAGAGGAAGUAAUGGGAAGGACAAAAAGAUUAAGAAUUUCUCUGAGCAGCCAGUUCUUCUGGAGGCUGAGAGAGACCCAAAUACAUUUCCUGCUGUAGCUGGGACAGUUGAUAAAACUGAAGAAAGAAUCUUUACUGAUAAAGGCAGAGAGACUGGCUUAGCUGUUGCAGAGCUUUCAGUGGAGAAUAUGACCGGUACCAGUCCUGCAAAGGUGGCAGACAAGCCUAAGAAAAGGACUAGUGAUGGAAAAAAUAAAAAGGUUGAAAAAGGUCAUUUCAAGCAGCCAUUUUUUCUGGAGGUUAAGGAAGACGCAAGCAGUAGGGAGGAGAAUGACAAAACUAAAACAAGUUUCACUGAUAAAGGUAAAGAAACUGGUUUUAUUACUGCAGAGCAUCUGUUGGAGGGAGCAGCAGUUACAAUGAAGGUGCAAAGUCCCACUACAAUGCUGGUAACAGAAGAACCUAAAAAGAGUAUUAAUGGGGAAAGUGAAAAGGCCGAAUGCAGUAUUUCAGAACAGCCCCUUUUUUUGGAGACUAUAACAAAUGCGGCCAAACUUCCUGCUACUGCUGAAAUGCUCAGCAAAACAAAAGCAGAUAAUCUGAUGGAUAAAAGCAAAGAGACUGGAUUUACUCCUGAUUCCAGUGGAGCAGAGAUGAUUGAAAAACCUAAAAAGAAGGGCAAUGACCGGAAAGCCAAAAAAGCUGACAAAGGUUCUUUCGAGCAGCCUCCUCUUCUGGAGAUUAAGACAGACACAAACAAGUGUCCUACUCUAGUGGAAAAAGCUGAAACAAUGAAAGAAAUGGGUUUUGCUGACCGAGGCAAGGAGCCUAUCUUUACUACAACAGGGCAUCAACCGGAGGAUUUGACAGACACAACCAAGAUGCAAGUUCCCGCUAUGAAACCGGUAACAGAAAAACCUAAAGUCAAGGAUGGAAGAAGCUGCUCAGAGAAACUUUUUUCCUCUGAUUAUAAAACUGACACAGCAAAGUCCGAAACGCUCAUCAAAACUAAGGAAACCCAUUCCUCUGAGGAAGGCAAGGAGACCAAUUUUACUACGUUAGAGCGCUUCUUGGAGGAUAUCGCAGAUACCGCUAAGGCAUACGUUCCCAUUGCAGAACUGAUGGCAGACGAACCUAAGAAGGCUAGUGAAGGGAAAAGUAAAAAGGUUGAAGAUAAUGCUGAACAUGUUGCUGUUUUACAGGCAAAGACAGACUUAGUUAAACUUCAUGCAGUAUCUGGAGAGGCAGAUAAAGGAACUCACCCCACUGACAGAGGUAAGGAAACUCAGUGUACUACUUCAGAGCAUCUCUUGGAAAAUAUAAUAGAAACAGCUAACGUAGAAACUCCUGUUUCAUCACUGGUGACAGGAAAGCCGAGAGAAGAUAAUAAGGAGGACAGCACAAAGGCUGAUGAUGGUUUGAAACAGCCAUUUCUUUUGAAGACCAAAACAGCUGCAGCCACACUUCUUAGGGGUGGUGGUGAGGUCAUUGACAAAACUAAAGAGGCAAGUUCCACUGAUAAAAACAAGAUGGCUGGUUUUACUGUUGUAGAACAUCCAGCAAUGACAGUUCCCAGUCCGGCACUGGUGGCCAGUAAGUCUAAAAAAAGGAGUAAUGAUGGCAAAACGAAAAAGGCUAAAAAUGCCAGUGAACAGCCAUUUCUUCUGCAGACUAACACGGACGAGAACAAAACGCAGCCUCCCAUUGCAACUGAGCUGGAGUACCAGAUGGGAGAAAUGAGUCUUGUCGAUGAAAACCAAAAUAUUAAACAUUUCCCCACUGAGCAUCAAAUGCUUUGGGAUAAGAAGGGAGAUUCAUUCACCCCCUAUACUCAGCCUAGAGCAGUUGGUAUUGACAAAAUUGACACAGCUUGUUCUGUGGAUAAAAUUCAAGGGCUUGGGCAUCUCUUUCCAGGGCGUCAAGUAAAGGACAAAGGAAGUAAGGUGUUACCGCUUUCUGCCGCAGAUUUGGAGGGCACCAAAACAGAGUCUGGAACAGGUGACCAAAGGGAAGACGACAAACCCGCUCUUUAUGAGCAUUCAGUCAAACAGGAAAGUGAAAAGGCUGGAGUUCAGGCUUUCACGUUAGUGAAGGAGAGUGAAAAAAUCCAAGUGGUUAGCGCUGGGGAUAAGAAGAACAGAAGGAAACUGCCUUCUUUGGAUUCUUUAGUUAAGCAGGAUGUCAAGGUAGGAAGGGAUGAAGUGCACACUUCCAUUUUAACAGAGAUGGGUGACACAGGAAUAUGUUUCACUGGUAAAAAGCAAAGCCCUGAAUGUGCUUCCUUGGAGCCUCUGCUGAAGGGGACAGUUGCCACAAAGGGAACAGUUCCCACAGAUGCCAAUGUGAUGGCCAGACUGCAAAGUAGCAGCGAUGCUGGAUGCAUCUCUCCGGAACUGACAGUGCAAUGGGAGAAUAAAGCAGAAGAAGUGGUUCUGCAGGUUCUAGCUGCCGCGGCGGCAGAACACAAGGCUAAAGAGACUGAGCUCGGUGAAAGAAAGACGGGUGAACAGAGCUUCCCCGAGUGUCCAGUUAGUUUAGAAAAAAAGGCAGAUGCAGCUGAGGCUGCUAGUGAAACUCUGAGAGAUGUCCAGACAGAGGAAAUCAGCCCUGUUGAUAAAAUUAAAGGCAGUUCUGAACAAUCAGAAGGUGAUGCUUCUGGCAAGAUGGAGGCUGGCCUGAAGGACUUCCAAGCUUUGAAGUCUGAAGAGGAUAAAUGUGCAGCUCUACCUCAGAAAAGCAUUGAUGGAUUUGGACAAAAAGUGGUGAAAGAGACAAAGGAAGAGGAGAGAGUCAAAGCUACAGAACAGAUAAAAGGCUACAUGAGACCCACAAAGUCCAGAGGGCUUCCUACUCCGCCACCAAGGUCUGCUGUCCACGAUCGAGAGAAACCAAGGCAACUGAAAGCCAAUGUUCUGAGUCGGCAAAGGCAAGCAAAAGCAAAACCAGAAGAGCUAAAACCAGUGGAGCCUGUGACAGGAAGUGACAUCACAGCAGCUCCAAACAAAGAGCUUCCUCCAAGCCCUGAGAAAAAGGCAAAGCCUUCAGCUUCCACACCAUCAGCAAAACCUGCAGCAGCGAAAACCAAGCCACUGUCCACUACAAGCCCCAAGCGGCCAGCUUCUGCCACACCUGGCCAAAACAAAAAACCCACCAGCCCUACCGCAGGUCCUACUUCGGCCACCACUCCCAAACGCCCACCCACCAGUACUACACGUCCCUCCACUUUAACUCCUAAAGACACUAAACCAAAGGUAACAGAUGCAAAGAGCCCAGAAAAACGGACCUCAGUUUCAAAGCCACUGUCUGCCACGACACCUCGAGCUGCUGCAAAGGGAAGCCCCACCACGCCCAAGACGACGACAGCAUCUCCAGUUACAACAGCUGCCGGUCCGAGAAACACUGCUGCUUCCCCACCCAAACGGCCAACAUCUAUCAAGACUGAAACAAAGCUUGCAGAUGCUAAGAAGACCCCCAUGAAGUCACCAUCAGCAGAUCUGAGCCGCCCAAAGAGUGCUCCUGCAAGCGCUUCGAAAAGCAGUGCCACCACCCCUACGGCUACCACCCCAGGUACUCCUGCCUCACCGGGAGUAGCCACCAGCCGCCCCAAACCCAAGCCAGCUGCAGCCAGACCCACCACAGCUUUGCGCGUAACUCCAGAAGCUAAAAUACCAUCAACAUUUAAAGCACCACUUAAAACCAGCCCUGUUGCCAAGCCGCCUCGCCCAGCCAGCAGCGUGUCUGCCCCGGACCUGAAGAACAUACGAUCCAAAAUCGGAUCCACAGAUAACAUUAAACAUCAGCCUGGUGGAGGAAGGGCUAAAGUAGAGAAAAAACCAGAAUCAGCCGGUGCUGUGCGAAAGUCUGAACCCAAUGCAGUCUCUAAAAUGGCUACUACUAAAACAACUAUAACAAAAGAGGGUGCACAAAAGCAGCCUAAUGGGAAAGUCCAGAUAGUCUCCAAAAAAGCGAACUACAGCCAUGUUCAGUCCAAGUGUGGUUCCAAGGACAAUAUUAAGCAUGUCCCUGGAGGUGGGAAUGUUCCAAAUGCCCCAAAGCCAACUUCAGGCAGCCGCUCCCAGCCGUCCAACGCCCCCAAACACAGUCCAAGCAGUACCAAUGUGCAGAUCCCCAGCAAGAAAGUCGACAUUUCCAAAGUGUCCUCAAAGUGCGGCUCUAAAACGAACAUCAAGCACAAGCCAGGCGGGGGAGAUGUCAAAAUUGAGAACCAGAAGCUGAACUUCAAGGAGAAGGCGCAGGCGAAAGUGGGCUCUCUGGACAGCGCGGGACACGCGCCAGCAGGCGGCACGGCGAAGCCCGAGGGGAGCGAAGAGACAGCCCCUCAGAACGCAGCGGCACCGGUGCCCCAGGCAGGCGGCGACACGCGGGAGAACGGAGUCGGGCCGACCGCGCCCGCUGUGGGCGGCGACCAAAGGGAAAUCCAGAGCUUUGGCACCCAGAUACAAGAAACAAGCCUCUAAUGAUGACAUUAUGGUAUCAUCCUCCGCCCCUUCUCUCUCCUCCCCCUGCCCCUCUCACCUGCCCCCUUGUGUCGCUGCAGAUUGAAUCCCACACACUGACGUUCCGUGAGGCGGCCCCGGCUCGCACGGACCACGGAGCGGACCUCGGCGUCUCCAAACCCCCCACCUUUCCGGCAGCACUUCCCCCUGGCGUAGCACGUCCGUCAGCGAGAGCCCCGGCUCCAUUGGCUCCUCACCGCGGCGGCAGCCAGCUCAGCAAGGCUUGUGACUCGUCCCCCCCACCCCCCGUGUGCUUCCCAGUCGCUCAGCUUGGACCCCUUAACCCAGCACCUGGCUUUGGGGGGAAGGGCCAGCUUCCCUUUCGGGGGUGCUGUCUGCCACCGGGGCCGCGUAGCGGUUCAUCCGCCCAGGAAUCGUUUCCGCGUGACAGGCCCAGGCGGGUCUCAGGCUCUGGUGACCCCGUGUUGAGCAGAAGGGCCGCCCUUUCCUCUCUCACCUCAACGCUUCUCGCUCGCCCAGGCCACCGGCGCGUCUCGACGUCUGUCUUCGGGGCAGGUCUCCAGCCCCCACGUGCGUAAAGCCUCUGGGAAGGGCACCGAGGCUCGGUCUGUGGCCGCGUUUGGGCAGACGAGGUGGGGCUGCGGGUGGCCAAAGCCAGGCCGGAGUUAAAGGGGAUAAGCGGUGAUCUUCCUCUUUCGUAGCGUUCUCUCCCGCUGCUUCAGUUUCUGCUGUUCCUAUGGAAGGAUUAUCUAUAUUAUACACACUCAUUAGGCUGUUUUCAAUGUUGACUUUAACCGUUAUAUUUUUUUUGUGAUGAAGUGUUGCCGAUGAUUUAUUGUGCCCUGAACCCAGGCUAAGUUUCCUUUUCUCUCUUU